AUGGCAUCUCCUACAAAGUCUCACUGGGAAGCUGCAGUUCGAGUCGUAAAAUAUCUAAAGGGUGCUCCCGGGAAAGGAAUUUUGUGUGCUAGUCAUGGGAAUAUGGGUGUUGAGGCUUUCUCUGAUGCUGAUUGGGCAGGGUCACCGAGUGACAGGAGGUCGACAACAGGGUAUUGUGCGUUUUUCGGUGGCAAUCUGGUUCUUGGAAGAGUAAGAAGCAGAGUGUUGUGUCUCGCUCGAGUGCAGAGUCCGACAUUGUUCAUAGAGCCUGCUAAAGCAGAAGAGUGCUUUCAUAAGCUGGACAAAGUGAAAGAUAAGGGAAUAUUUAAUGCACUGGAAAAGGUGUUAACUCAAGUGGCUGGAAGAAAUGCUCAGUUGAUAAGGGAUAAUCUUUUGACAGUAAUUGGAGAUAGCAGUCCACAUUUUGAGUUUCUGCAAUUACUCUUUAAGAAGUGCUCAUUUAAUAUAUUUAAUUCCCAGCAUGUUCACUCUAUGCUAGAGCGUCUCUCACUUGACAGAUUUAAGGAUUUGGAGCAUUCUUGUGUUCAACUCCUAUUGGUAAGACCAUAA